GCCGGAAUUACCGUUUUGGUAUUUUGUGGUACAGCUGAAUGACCCUGGAAGUUUCCUCCUGGGAGAGAGAUGGAGAAUAGCUCUCAAACACUGCCACCCUCGUCCCCAUGUCCCACCACUUUUGGAGGGUCCGUGCCUUUCUCCUCCUCACCACAGCGGACCUGCUCCAACGGCCAUGUUUCACUCCCACUUUCACCCAUUUCAUUCCCCCCGUCCCCUACCUCACUUUCUCCAGCAACAGCAGAGUCCAUUCACUCUUCCUCCCCUCUUUCACACUGCGCAGCAUCUCAGUGCCUUGAAGGACAAAACAUACAAUGCCUCAGCCCGGCAAACAUAUCUGACCAGGACGACCUGACGUGCCUCAGCUGGCUGCAUCAGAGAGGCGACCUGCUACCACUGCAGCCCCUUCCCAAAAUGACACCACUGCCUCAGCUAGAGUCCUCCGCACCUACACGGCCUCUUCCUCCGGCCUUGUCCAAGCCGCCGUACUCCUUCAGUAGUCUGAUUUUCAUGGCAAUAGAAGAUUCACCAGACAAGAGGCUUCCAGUGAAGGACAUCUACGAAUGGAUUGUGAACAAUUUCCCCUACUACAGGACAGCCUCUGCUGGCUGGAGGAACUCUGUUAGACACAACCUGUCCCUGAGCAAGAGCUUCUGUCGCAUUCAGAGGGACAAGAGCCAGUCAGUGGGGAAGGGAUCCCUGUGGUGUGUUUGUCCAGAGUAUCAGCCGGCGCUGCUCGAGGUGCUGAGGAAGACCCACAGUUAUCACAGCACCAACAGCAAUCUGAUAAACAAGCCUGCACUGUUGGAAGGAGCUGACUAUGGGUCGCCUGCAGUGUGUGACUCUAUGGAAAUCUCAGAUCCUCUUUCUCAAACCCUCCUCUCCAUGCCCUCACCCCAAACCCUGACCAUUGAUAACCCAACUUUUGCUGAAAAUCCACCGUACCUUUUGACCCCGGAUCACGAGGAGCUUGUCACAAUGGAGUCGGUUGAAUACCAGCAGGAGGAGGUCAGCGAGGAAAUGGAAAAGGACCCCCUGUCAGACAGCGGGUACAUCGAGUUACAUUACUACCAGUCUCACCAGUACCAGUACCUGGUGCUGCCGGGUGACACCGAGGUGGAUCUGGAGACUGUGGAGAUUCUUCAGCUGGAUGCUGAGGCCCAGGAGGCUGCUGGGUCGCUGCUGGACCUAGCAGGUGGUGGAUAUUAAUUUGAUAUCUCAUUUAACAGUCACAGCCGAUGCGAUACUUCAGCAAAUACUCAAAUAGGGCGACAUAAAUAGGAUUUAUGUUGGUUUGGAUAGAGUGAUGAUGUUUCGUACAUCGGCUGCUUCCUCCUGAGACGCUGACACUGCCCUAAGGCUUUUGUACUGUUGUGUAGUUAGAUGACAAUAUAGAUCAACUUUACUGAUGGACUAACAUGUAUUCAGGCACUUUCAGUGCAGAAGCUGAAUGUACCAGCAUACCAUGCCAUACAAUAACAACCUGGACAAAGACUUGAGAGGGUAACAUUGAUCUUAGAUAUAUAGAAAAGAUUAUACUCUGAGAUUUUAAAACCGAGGAGAAAGUAUUAAUAGAGUAUGGUCUUCAAUACAAUACGUUUUUAGGGUUUCCACUGUGAUUUUUUUAACAGAUUAAGUUCAUUCUCAGGGAGGGAAGGAGUGCUUCCAACUCAAGCAGAAGUAGUGUUUCUUGACCAAAAUAUUUCCCAAAUUAAAGUAUGAUUUAUACAGGGUCGGAAUUUGCACAAGAAAAGUACAAACGUAGCUCUUUUGAGGAAUACACUGAGCAGCGCACUAACUCACAUCCACACUGGUACUAUUUCAAUAUGAGUAUGUCUUACCAACCAGUUCUUCUCCCAUUCUUCCAAAUGGUAACCGUCUUUUCUUUAUAAUAAUGUUUUCAUAGAGGUUACUUUAUGUGGGGGAAAAAAACUCUCAAAAUAACCUUAAGUUGAAUAUCUUGCCCCUUAACACUGUUACUGUAGCCUUUUCUGAAAAUGCUGUUUUUCUAAAAGUAGUUAAACUUCAUUAAAAAAACACUUUAUUUAUAAUGUAAUUACAAUUGUAGAUUGUAAAGUAGGAAAGCACUACUCAGUUAUAAUAAUAUAUGUACUUCCAAUUUCAUUUGAAAUGAAUUUCUUUACACCCAUUGUCACUCUUCAGAUCAUGUUCCCUACAGUUGAUUUUAUGUUACUGAAUCCCUAAAUGUCUUUUAAUUUUUUGUGAAUUUGUAACCUUGGAUAUGAUCUUGUAAAGCUAAGAUAAGCUCUCUUCAAUCAGGAAAACAGUUUGAUUGAAAUGUUGAGUUAAAAUGUAAGACGAACUCACUGCCAUUUAAAAAAAACCUUACAUUUAAGGAUACACUG